AGGUUGUGUUUGUGCAGGCUUGCAGACAUUGCAACAUCGUCCGACUGUCGCUGCCUCUCAGUUCUGAUCUAACCAGUGUCCAACUGGAGACUUGGAGAGGUCACACUGACCCAGGACAAGAAAAGACUCAUAUCUCAUAAACAAGCUUCCACCAGUACAUUGGGCUCUAUCCAAUUGUUGCUCCUUUACCUCAACAUCAGGACUGAAGCACAGAUGGGGGAUUUAAGGCAGACCAUCGGGGUCAUGUCGCAGACAAUAUGCCCGAGUUCCCCGGCUGCGUCCGAGGAAGACCUGAAGACUCCAAAUGGUGGGCAGCGGGAGAAGAUGCAGAUGAAGAGGGAGAUUUCCCUCAUCAACGGGAUCUGCCUCAUAGUGGGCAAUAUGAUAGGCUCCGGGAUCUUUGUCUCGCCCAAGGGGGUUCUGAUGUACAGCGGCUCCUUUGGGCUGUCCCUGCUGAUCUGGGCCCUUGGUGGUAUGUUCUCGGUGUUCGGAGCCCUUUGCUAUGCUGAGCUUGGCACCACCAUCCCCAAAUCCGGAGCCAGCUACGCCUACAUCCUGGAGUCGUUCGGCGGCUUCCUGGCUUUCAUUCGUCUGUGGACGUCCAUCCUACUGAUCGAGCCGGCCAGCCAGGCGGCGAUAUCGCUGACAUUCGCUUUCUACCUGGUGGAAGCUCUCUACCCGACCUGCCAGCCGCCGUACGAUGCGGUGCGCCUCCUCGCUGCAGCCUGCCUCUGUAUAUUGAUCUUCAUAAACUGUGCUUAUGUGAAGUGGGGGACUCUGGUCCAGGACAUCUUCACAUAUGCCAAGCUCAUGGCCCUCUUCCUCAUAAUCAUCGUUGGACUCCUGAAAAUAGUGACAGGAGAUAUAAAUAGUUUUGAGAGUCCGUUCGAGGGGUCCUCAACCGAUUCUGGAGCCAUAGCUUUGGCUCUCUACUCAGCUCUGUUCUCCUACUCAGGCUGGGACACGCUCAACUUCGUCACGGAGGAAAUUAAGAAUCCUGAGAGGAAUCUCCCCCUGGCCAUCGCCGUCUCCAUGCCCAUCGUGACCAUCAUCUACCUGUUGACCAACGCCGCAUACUAUGUAGUUCUAGACAUGCAGUCCCUGCUGGCCAGCGACGCUGUUGCUGUGACGUUUGGAAAUGCAGUGCUCGGUCCGUUCAGCUGGAUCGUCCCGAUAUCGGUGGCCAUGUCCUGCUACGGAGGACUCAACGCUUCCGUCAUUGCUGCUUCACGGCUGUUCUUUGUCGGGGCUAGAGAGGGCCACCUCCCGGACAGCCUGAGUCUGAUCCACCUGAACCGCUACACGCCCGUACCGGCGCUGCUGUUCAAUGGGGUCAUGGGUCUGAUCUUCCUGUGUGUGGAGGAUGUGUUCCUGCUCAUCAACUACUUCAGCUUCAGUUACUGGCUUUAUGUCGGUCUGUCUGUGGCCGGCCUCAUCUACCUGCGCAUCAAACAGCCAGACAGACACAGACCAGUCAAGCUCAGCUUGUUCUUCCCCAUCGUUUACUGCAUGUGCAGCCUGUUCCUGGUCAUUGUCCCUCUGUACGGAGACACCAUCAAUUCUCUCAUAGGGAUCGGCAUAGCUCUGUCAGGUGUGCCGGUUUACUAUGUCACCAUUUACCUGCCUGAGGAAAGGAAGCCCCGAUUCAUACACAAACUCAACACUUCUAUCACCAAAUACACACAGAUGUUGCUCUACUGCUGCCUGACUGAGUUCGACACAGAAACAGGAACGCCGGAAGGUGGCAAAACACAGUGAGACGCACACGGACGACUCUGUUCAUCCAGCUGCUUCCUGAGCCCUGUGUGGACAGUGUGACAGUGUUUGUGGGAAUUCAGGCCUGCAUUUACAAAAAAAAAAAAAAAGAAAAAAAAAAACGGGCCUAAAAUCUUAAAAGACUCGCUGAGAAGGAGCGACUCGAACGUGAUGAUUUUUUUUUUCUUUUUCAACUUUUGUAUGUUCCGAGAAUAUCUUCUGUGAGGAUUACAAGGAAACAUUUGAAACAAAUGUGUAGCUAAAGCACAUGUGUUGAAAAGCUUCGUACAGAAAGAGACAGAAUUCAGUCAUCUGUCUGGCAGAAACACAUCAGACAGUUUAAUUUUCAGGUACCUAUUCACUCAUUAAAGAAUCGUUAUUAAUCAAAAGCAGCUCUAAACAAAUGGGAUUUUAGCUUUGACUUAAAGAAACUUAAGCGUUUCAGCAGUUUUGCAGUUUUCUGGAAGUUUGUUCCAGAUAUAUGGAGCAUAGAAGCUGAAUGCUGCUUCUCUGUGUUUGGUUCUGAUUCUGGGGAUGCAGAGCAGAACAAAAUGAAAUCACGUUAUACGUUUAAUUUGAGCAGUACGUGUUAUGAUAUACAUUGCCAUUUUUUUAAGGAAAAAAUAACUUCCAAGAGAAAUAAACACAUAUGUAAUGGACACAACUGUUUGCCAGCUGGUAUGAAAUGGAAGAAGAAAAACGUGAAAUAGCGAAGUAGAGAAUUGACCUGUUUAGCUACUCCAAAUGAGCACCGGAAGCACCUGCGGCUACUUUCCAAUUUCCGCCCAGCAGAGGGCGCUGGUUAAGCUGAAAAGUCCGGUCCUCACAAUUAAAUCAUUAUGUUUUGUGUGUUGUACAGCUGUUACUAUAGGUCUAAUUUAUAGGUUCAAAAUGUGUUUAAGAUAUUAGGAACAGAACGAAAUAAAGCACCUUACCAGCUCAAUAUGUAUCUUCCAAAACAACAGUGUGUGUCUUUAUCUGUAUGCUACCUCCAAAAACCUGUAACAUUUUGUCAUUAAAAGGAAGAAGCAUUUUCUAUUUUCA